CCCCCGCCGCGGCCGCCUCCCCGCGCCCCGCUCGGGCCAUUUUGCGGCGCGAUGAGGCGGGAGCGGCGCUGAGCAGCCAGCGGCCCCGGCCUGGAGCGUCCCGGCUAGUUCCGCUCCACUCCGGACCCUCCUUGGCUUGCUUCGCCCCGCUGGGGCCCGGCCCUCCGUGCGCGGACAGCGAGGGGGAAGCCAGCCCAGCCCAGCCCGGGGACAGCGAGACCCCCGCCCGCCGGCCCGCGGCGGCGCGGCGGAGCCAUGAGCUGGGGCACGGAGCUGUGGGACCAGUUUGACAGCCUGGAGAAGCACACCCAGUGGGGCAUCGAUGUGCUGGAGAAGUACAUCAAGUUUGUCAAGGAGAGGACCGAGAUCGAGCUCAGCUAUGCAAAGCAGCUCAGGAACCUUUCCAAGAAAUACCAACCCAAAAAGAACUCCAAGGAGGAGGAGGAGUACAGGUACAGCUCGAGCAGAGCCUUCGUGGCCACGCUGAGCGAGCUGAGCGACUACGCGGGGCAGCACGAGGUGAUCUCGGAGAACAUGACCGCGCUCAUCACCGCCGAGCUCGGCCGCUUCGUGCAGGAGCUGAAGCAGGAGCGCAAAGCGCACUUCCACGAAGGCAGAAAGGCACAGCAGCACAUCGAGACCUGCUGGAAGCAGCUGGAAGCAAGCAAGAGGAGGUUCGAGCGUGACUGCAAGGAGGCGGAGAGGGCACAGCAGCACUUCGAGAGGAUGGAUGCUGACAUCAACGUCACCAAGGCAGACGUGGAGAAGGCCAGGCAGCAGGCCCAGCUGCGGCAGCAGAUGGCAGAGGACAGCAAGGCUGAGUACAGCUCCAUGCUGCAGAGGUUCAACGGCGAGCAGCACGAGCACUACUACACACACAUCCCAACCAUCUUCCAGCGCAUCCAGGAGAUGGAGGCGCGGAGGAUCGUGCGGCUCGGCGAGUCCAUGCGCACGUUCGCGGAGGUGGACCGGCAGGUGGCGCCCAUCAUCGGCAAGUGCCUGGACGAGAUCACCAAGGCGGCGGAGCAGAUCGACCCCCGCAGCGACUCUCAGCUGGUCAUAGAAGCCUUCAAGUCAGGGUUUGAGCCCCCAGGGGACGUUGAGUUCGAGGACUUCACGCAGCCGAUGAAGCGGACGGUGUCUGAGUCCAGCCUCUCCAACUCCAAGGGGGAUGGCAAGUCUGAGCCCAAGUUUGGCAGCAAGUCCAAGGGCAAGCUGUGGCCAUUCAUCAAGAAAAAUAAGCUUAUGUCCCUUUUAACGUCCCCUCAUCAGCCCCCUCCUCCUCCCCCUGCCUCUGCCUCACCCUCUGCUGUUCCCAACGGCCCCCAGUCUCCCAAGCAGCCAAAGGAACCCCUCUCCCAUCGCUUCAACGAGUUCAUGACCUCCAAACCCAAAAUCCACUGCUUCAGGAGCCUAAAGCGUGGGCAGCAGACACAGUCUUUGUAUAUUCACAAAGAGCUGAUGAAGAGGACUUUAGGGACCCCCACCUGUGCCGUUGAGGCUAGGGAGUAUGUUCUUUCUCUCAAGCUGGGAGCAGGGCCAGAGGACUUCAGCAACCUCCCACCUGAGCAGAGGAGAAAGAAACUUCAGCAGAAGGUGGAUGAGCUAAACAGGGACAUCCAGAAGGAGCUGGAUCAAAGAGAUGCCUUAACCAAGAUGAAAGAUGUGUACAGCAAGAACCCUCAGAUGGGAGACGCUGCCAGCGUGGACCAGAGGCUGGCAGAGCUUGGGCAGAACAUCGAGAAGCUGCGGCUGGAGGUGCAGAAGUUCGAGGGCUGGCUGGCAGAGGUGGAGGGCAGGCUGCCCGCACGGAGCGAGUCAGCGAGACGCCAGAGUGGCCUCUACGAGGCCCAGCACACGGCAGCCAUCAACAGCUGUGCACAGGACAGAGAGAGCAGCCCAGAUGGCAGUUACACAGAGGAGCAGAGCCAGGAGACUGAGCUGAAGGUGCCUGCCACGGACUUCGACGAUGAGUUCGAUGAUGAAGAGCCCCUGCCCACCAUAGGCACCUGCAAAGCUCUCUACACCUUUGAAGGUCAGAACGAGGGAACCAUCUCGGUGGCAGAGGGGGAGCUGCUCUACGUCAUCGAGGAGGACAAGGGCGACGGCUGGACGCGGGUGCGGCGCAGCGAGGAUGAGGAGGGCUACGUCCCCACCUCCUACCUGCAGGUCUAUUUGGACAGGAACGCCAAAGAUCCCUAAAGGUGUUUGUGCUGGUGCAAGAACCUCGGGGCGAGCUUGUCACAGAAGGAGAAACAAAAUGGUCUGUGAACCCUGCAGGCAGACACACACUGCCCUGGGAGCCAGGCUGCCAGCCUUGGCUGCAGCUCCCACUCACAAAUUCACACCUAAAUUGCCCCCAGCCUGGCUCAGCAGCUUGCUCUUCAUGGCAUGCACUCACCAGCCCUCCCCACGCCUCUGCCAGCCUGGCACAGCUCCUCUGUGACCACAGCCAACACUUGCCCCUGCCAGCACCCCUUGCUGAGGACUGGCUGCCCUCGGAGGCAGAGGCUGAGCAGGGCCCCAGCAUGGUCUGUCUGCUGUCCCCCCGUGUCCCUCAGCCCCCCUGAAUGUAUGCCCUGGGCCAGCAGCUCUCACACGGUGCCUUUAGUGCCCAUCCCCUGGGCAGCCUGGAAGGGAGGUGGACUGCAGGUGGAGAACUUCCCCUGGGGCAGGCUCCCAGCAGCUGGGCUGGGGGCUCUCAGGGGGAUCCUCUGGGCCCAGGUGCAUCAUUCAGUGUCCUGCUCCCCCCAGAGCUCACUGAUGCCAGCCGCUGCUGCGUGAUAGCUCCAGGCUGAUGCUCAUCCCAAGUGUCCACUGCCUGUGACCUUGCUGUGCCCUGCCAGCCCCAGGCUCACCUCUGAGUGCUGUCUCCUGCCUGUUCUCUCUGCCCCUUCCUCUUUAGCCGCCUCCUCCUCCUCAGACAGGCAGUGGCAGUGUGGGCUGCAGCCCCAGGCCGUGGUGCCCAGGGCUCCGUUGGGCUCCGUUUUGCUCUCGAUUCCAGCUGCAUGCUCACCCCUGUCGCCUUGCCCAGGUCACCCUGCCCCGGUGGCCUUGCCCAGGCCCCACUGUGUGCUGGCUCCUUGCCCUCUCUGCCUGCAGUUGUCUCCUGUUGGGUUGUUUUGCUGCGUUCCAGCCCUGCCUCCUCUCUCUGCAUGGCCUCCUGUGUGUCCUCAUCACUUCACUGCUUGAGCUACAGAGUUCCUUUAGAGCAAUAAGAGCAGACCCCUGGGCACCCUCCUCCUCCUCCCACCUUGCCAUGGACUGGAGCUUGACCCAGGAGCCAGCAGGCACUGUGCCCACCCUGCCCUCUCUUGGGCUCCUUUGAAGCAGUAGCUAAGUGGUGCUGCCUUUGCCCAUCUCCUGCAGUGGGCACAGAGCUGCAACAUCCCCAGCCCUGGCUCAACCUUGACCUCAGCUGCCCGAGGAAGGCUCAGAGCUUCCUCCCCUCCUGCCCUUGGCUGUUGGCUGCCCCUUGCCCUUCACUGCUGCUGGGAGUUUGAUCUGGUACCUGGCUGAGCCCCAUCAGAGUCACUGCUGCUCAAUCCCUCCUGAGGGCUAACUCAGCGAUCAGCAGAUCGUUCUGGGAGGGAAUCCACUUUGCUCUUAGGGCUCUUCAGCACCUCUGUGUCCCCAGAAGGUGAGAAGAGGGACAGGGAAGCCUCUGGCAGUGAGCUUGGCAGCUCUCGGGCUGAGUUAGCAGCUGCUCCCCGUGCUGUGGUGGCCUGGCCUGUCCCCAUUGGGAUGAAGUCACUUCGGAGCUGGUGGCAGGCACUGCUCAGAGCUCUUGGCCCUUCCUCAUCCCAGAUCCCCACUGCUGCUUUUGCUGACACAAAGCCCUCAGCCUGCAGCUCCUGUCUCUGCUGGUGUCUGCCAGCAGCAGCUUCUGCUUUUCCUCCACCUGCAGGGACUCAGGAGCCUGCCCCUGGAUGCAGGCGCUGGCAGGGCCCUGAUCCACUCGAUCCCCAUCCCCAGUGCUGCUCUGCUCACUGCACUGCCCGGAUCCAGGAGCAGGCAGCAGCAGAGGAUGACCCAGCCCUUGGCACCUGAGCGCCUUGCAGGGGCUCUGUGGCACCCCCUGCUCAGGCUGCAGCAGCAUCAGAAGCAUCUUCAGCAUGGGUUUAGCUGCAGGGUUUCUCCUCCUGGUGUGGAAUCAGCAGCUGGAAGAAUUCCUCCUCACCGAUGUGUGGAAAUUCCAGGCUGUGCUGUGCCCUGGGUGCCCCCUGCCACCCCCUGCACAUCUGAGCAGCUGCAGUGUUGGUGCUGCAGGAGCAGGGACUUGGCUCUUGCUGCCUGGUUUGCUCCAGCAGCCUGCCUGCAGCUUUGGUAAAGUUGGCAGCCCCUAGCUCAGAGCUGCAAGAAGAGGCCUAAGGUCAGCCCAGGCUCAGUCCUCUGCUCAGGGCAGCCAAGGAGGAGCCUCAGCAGGACUCAGCCUCUGCACAGGCCUAAGGACUCUCUGGGGCUGGUUUUUACAAGCUCUGACGUUCCUAAUGCUGCCCAGGAGCCAGGGCUGCUCCUCCUGGCACCUCCUCAGCCCAGCAGAAGCCUCCCAUGCCCUUUGUUACCAGCUGUAAAUAGAGAACUGACACUGGAAGCUGUGGCUCCUGCUGGGUGCUGCUCAGAAGUUCAUCCACUUUGAUGCUUUUUUGGGUUUUUGUUCUCCUGCCUGAAGUGUCAAAAAGAGACCUAAAAGAAGCCAAAAUUCUAUUUUCAGAGGCUGCUGUUGAGCACUUUUUUAUCUGUAUAUCUGUGUUUGUGGUUCCAGCAUGGGGCCCUGGGUCCUGCUGGCAUCUCAGUGUUGUGAUUUCAUUGCCAAUGUGUAACAGGUUCUGGUGUUGCCCUUCCAUAGCUGGAGACAGAAUCCAACCAAAUAAAAGUGCUUCCACCUCGUGCCCGUGGCAGGGGAGUCACCA